GUAUGCUAGUAGCUACUAUAAAUAGAAAGGGUUGUAGGAGGAAAUAGUAAGAAGUGCAACAAAAGCAUUAUUAGUUCAUUAACAAAAAGAAAAAUAUUAAGUUUCGAGCUUAAUCUAGAAAAACAGAAAAUGAAGAAGGUCUUAGCUAACUUGAUGGUUGUUCCCGUUGUUUUAGCAGUAAUGUUACUCUUGUUCAGUACUACUACUACAGCUACAGUGGUUGAAAAGAUGGAAACAACUUCUGAAGAAAGGCCGCCUGUGAUGGUAGUCGAAGAAGUAAUGAUCAUGGUUGAACAACCAAAAAGCGACGAUAAUUUUGGAAACAGAAAAACAAAGAUGAUGUUUAUGGAACCAAAUAAUAAUAAUGGUGGAUUAGAUGCACAAAUUAUUAAGGAAGUAACAAGUAAUACCGUUGAAGCUAUAACAACAUGCGGAUCAAAAGGCGAUUCGUGUGGUUGGCUUUGGAAGUGUUGUCCUGGCCUCACUUGUGAUCCAGGAUUGUAUGUUAACAUUUGUAAAUAAUUAAGUAGUAACCAUCAAUAUCUCUUCUUUCUUGUUUUUAAAUUAUGCAUUAUGUCAUUUAAUUUGUUUACUUCCAUAGCCUUUGAGCUAUAUAUGCUUAUGUGUUUGGUUAAUCAUGAUCAUUAUGCUUGUAUUAUGAUGGACCAUAAUAAAAAUUAUGUAUGUGAUUUUCAAA